AUGGAGCUCUUUAAUCGAUGUCCUCGGACCUGGAUGUUAUACUAUGUGCUGACUCUGUGCUGUAUUCCCUUUGUUAGCAGUGGUAACCAAGAGCCAUUGGUGCCACAUUCUCAACCCCACAAACGGGUUGCAAUAAUCGGAGCGGGGGCUGCAGGGUCAAACGCUGCAUAUUCGUUGCGCAAAUAUGUCGACUCCUCGUCGAUCCCAGCUGACAUCACCGUGUUUGAGCGUGCUUCAUAUGUCGGCGGUCGCUCAACCACUGUCAAUGUUUUUGAUAACCCGGCGUAUCCGGUAGAGCUAGGUGCCUCGAUCUUCGUUAAAGUCAACUACAAUCUAGUCAACGCAUCCAGAGACUUGGGCCUCCUAGUAACCAGUGCCACCCAGAAUCGACCAAAAGAGUCUAGCGAUGUCAUCGGAGUCUGGGAUGGGAAAGAAUUCGUGUAUCGGAUGCAGGAUACAUAUGAUUGGUGGAACAUCAUGAAGUUGAUCUGGCGUUAUGGAUGGUCCCCAGUACGAGCUCAGAAUCUCAUGAAGGCUACCGUCAACAGAUUCCUCCAGCUGUACGAGCCACCAAUAUUUCCAUUUCAAUCCCUCUCGGAGGCAGCAAUGGCAUCGGGAUUGCUGAACACGACUGCAACCCGUGGCAGUAGGCUUCUCGCAGACAACAGCAUAUCCCCGGAUUUUUCCCGGGAGGUCAUACAAGCCGCGACGCGUGUCAACUAUGGUCAGAACCUAGGACUAAUUCAUGGCUUGGAGGCAAUGGUGUGCAUGGCUACAGAUGGGGCCGUCUCCAUUAAAGGUGGAAACUGGCAGCUCUUCGACGCUAUGCUCAAGGCUUCAAGGGCCAAUGUCAGAGUCAAUCACACAGUGACAUCCAUCGACCAGAACGAGGACCACACCUUGACUGUAAAAUUCGCCACGAGCAGUUCCACCCAAAAAAGUCUCGUUUUCGACGAAGUCGUCAUAGCGGGUCCGAUGCAGUUUUCCAACAUCUCCAUCAAUCCGCCACUGAAACGCACGCCCGAUGAGAUCCCCUACGUCAACCUACACGUAACACUAUUUGCGUCGCCGCAUCGACUCUCACCCAAAUACUUCAAUCUCCAAGGGCCCGAUGCCCAGACGCCCGAGACAAUCCUCACGACUCUCCCUCGCAACUUGGACCUAGGCUCGAACCGAACGGGAGUCGGCCCCGCCAACUUCUGGAGCAUCAGCACUCUCCAAACCGUCGAUUCCCGGUCCCCGAACGGAGAGACACACUACGUCUACAAAAUAUUCUCCCCGGGGCGUCCAACUGCCCAGUUCAUGCAGGACCUUCUCGGUCUGCAACGCACCAAUAGCACAUCGAACGGAGAGACUACUCCAUCGAUCAGAGAUCUUCCCAAGGAUGACAUCAGCUGGAUUCAUGAAAAAGUCUGGCACCCGUACCCGUAUCUGUAUCCACGGGUCACGUUCGAGGAAAGCCUCCUGUCGCCUAAUAUCUGGUACACAGGCGGUAUGGAGAGUUUCAUCUCCACGAUGGAAACAAACGCCCAUAUGGGGAAGAAUGUGGCUGCAUUGAUGUUCCAAUCCUGGCUGGACCAGUGGAGGCAAGAUGCGCACGAUGAGCUGGUCUCGGAUGGUGAUAUACAGACGGAAUUGUAG